GUGGCACUUGUAGAGGCACUACACCAAUCUGCAAAGAAGAACCAUGUUUAUCCCAUGAACUUGAAGGAGGGGAGAAGUCUCAUGUCACGAAAUGUUGUGGUGAUGAGAGAACUUCUACAACUCAGCCAUCAACUCCAUCACAACAGGCAAUACCUGUGAAGGUGAUUAAAGAAGAAGAAGAAGAUAUUUAUGAUUUUCUUCCAGAGUAUUUGUACAGAACAAAGGAGGAAGAGAAUGAAACUGGCACAUCGUACAUGAAAGAAGAAGCCAUGGCCGUGAAAAGAGAAACAGAGUCUUCUCUAAUGGAAUGCAAUGGAGACAUGGCCCUAAUAGAUGAACACCAGACAGCUUCUACUAGCACAGACCAUCAACAGUGUGCCACAUCUGAAAAGAGUUUUAAAGCAGAACAGCACCAGAGAACCCAUGCACCAGGAACCCCAUUCAAAUGUGCCACAUGUGGGAAAGGAUUUAAACAUAAGGGUCAUCUCAACAAGCAUCAGAGAACCCAUACUGGAGAAAGGCCUUACCAGUGUGUUUUGUGUGGAAAAGGCUUUACAGAGAAAGGCAGCCUCAUUUCCCAUCAGAGGAUCCAUACUGGAGAAAGGCCUUACCAGUGUGAUAUGUGUGGGAAAAGCUUCAUAAAAAGCUGUAAUCUCAUUUCCCAUCAGAGGAUCCAUACUGGAGAAAGGCCUUACCAGUGUACUACAUGUGGAAAAGGUUUUAAACAGAAAAGUGACCUCAUCACCCAUCAGAGAACCCAUACUGGAGAAAGGCCUUACCAGUGUACUACAUGUGGAAAAGGCUUCACAGAGAAAGGCAGCCUCAUCAGGCAUCAGAGGAUCCAUACUGGAGAACGGCCAUACCAGUGUGCUACAUGUGGGAAAGGCUUUACAACUAUACGUGACCUCACCAUCCAUCAGAGAACCCAUACUGGAGAUAAACCAUAUCAAUGUUCAACAUGCGGAGCAGCCUUUUCACAACUCUUCUCUUUGGCUUAUCACCAGAAAACCCACACUGGAGAAAGGCCUUACCAGUGUGCUACAUGUGGAAAAGGAUUUAAACAGAAAUGUGACCUUAUCACCCAUCAGAGAAUCCAUACUGGAGAAAGGCCUUACCAGUGUGCUACAUGUGGAAAAGGAUUUGGACGGAAACAUGAUCUCAACAGGCACCAGAGAAUCCAUGCUGGAGAAGGUCCUCAGUAGUGUGCUAUGUGUGGACCAGGCUUUGCACUGAAAGGUGUCCUCAUCUCCCAUCAGAACAUCCUUCAGAAAUGUAUUACUUGUGUUUUUGACUUUUUUUAAAUAAAGUUUCUUUUCAUGGCACAAUGAA